AUGGCAUAUAAGGUUGAUCAAGAAUACGAUUACCUAUUCAAGAUUGUCUUGAUUGGUGAUUCGGGUGUUGGAAAAUCUAAUAUACUCUCCAGGUUCACCAGGAAUGAGUUCUGUUUGGAGUCUAAGUCCACCAUUGGUGUCGAAUUUGCAACAAGGACCCUUCAGGUAGAGGGAAAGACAGUGAAGGCACAAAUAUGGGAUACAGCAGGGCAAGAGAGGUACCGAGCCAUCACAAGUGCAUACUACAGAGGUGCCGUUGGGGCACUCUUAGUCUAUGACAUUACCAAGAGGCAAACCUUUGAAAAUGUUCAGAGGUGGCUCCGUGAACUGAGGGACCAUGCAGACUCAAACAUUGUAAUCAUGUUGGCUGGAAACAAGUCUGACCUGAAUCAUCUUAGAGCAGUACCAGAUCAAGAUGCUCAGCUCUUGGCCGAGAAGGAAGGGCUGUCAUUCCUUGAGACUUCAGCAUUAGAAGCUCUUAACGUUGAGAAGGCAUUCCAGACAAUUUUGCUGGACAUUUAUCAGAUAAUCAGCAGGAAGGCAUUGGCUGCUCAGGAGGCGGCUGCUAUUCCUGGUCAAGGUACCACCAUCAACGUUGGGGAUUAUUCAGGUAAUUUGAACAGGAGAGCUUGUUGUUCUAAUUAA